AUGGACCAACACUAUACCGACGCCCGUGGGCGAUCGCUUUCGGCCGCGUCCACCGACGGAGGACAGGUCCACGAUCAACAGCAACAGUCUCAUAUAAGGAACCACUCGCCGUCUCCGGCUCCCUUUCCCAAUUCGAACGAUGGCGUCAACACCGGUUUGGGACUCGGCCUUAUCGAUCCCUCUGCCUCACAGCCUUUCCAACCUGAAUUCUCCUACGGCGGCCCGAACCCGUUCCAGCAACAUUCGCCCUUCUCUCAGCCUGGUUUGGAUUUCAACCAAGGUUAUACAAGCCAAUUAGAAAAUCAGGACAACUCGUUCGGUGGUCUGUCGCAACCCGCCUAUUCUCCGAAUCUCAUGGCGUCAAACUUUGGCGACGCCGACUACAGCCUUUUCCCCACGACCACGACCGCGGGCCAGUUCAACGGAUCGCUCUUCAUAACCGAUAACCAGUCCCUCAACAAUUCUGAUCCAAACAUGAUGGCCCAAGGCUCUCACAGCCCGGAGCCGCCUCAUCUGCUCAGUCCCGAGAUGAACUCUCCGGCCUUUGCCCAGGGCCGUUUCCCCAUGACAGCAGGAAGGCAUUCGCGCAAUGCGUCUCUGGGUCCAGAGGCUGCUCUUCUUCCAGGGCAGGACUGGAGCCAUAUGCCUCAGUUUCAGGGUCACCGACGCUCAGCCUCGGAGCUUAGUGAUGUCUCCUCGGUAGCCCAUUCGCCCAACCUUGGCGGAUUGGAUAGCUUCGACCCGAUUGAGAACAACCACUCGCCUCUUCAAGGGCCGCAGGCCGAUGCCCUGUACAAUCAGUUGAACGGGAUCAGCAACUUUAGUCUGUCGGACGACCACAUCGGCAGGAGUCCGUCACAUAGUCCGGCGGUCUCCCCUCGUAUCCCUCCCCAGCAAUCACCGGACGAGAACGAUCCGAACCAUCCUAGCCAUUUUAUGCUACACACACCAGCAAACAGUUUUGGUCCGCCAGCGACAUACAUGCAGCCGCAACAGGAGGCUUUCCCGCAACUGUCACUGGACGACCCAUCUGGUAUGCAGGCCCAGCAGAGCAUGCCAGCUCCUCCGGCGAUCAACAUCGAUUUCGCUCCAGCGCCCACUAAGAACGGGCUUGAUCAGCCCAACAACCUGGACAAUAAUUCACUAGCCCUACCAAACAGAGCUCGAGGGCGGAUGCGACCACGAGCGGUCACGGACCCUUUCAACAAUGGCGGUUACCGGUCUCCUUCUCCUUCGGGAGGCCUUUCGCCGAGCUCGGCUGCGGACCUCAGACCGUCAAACGCGCGUUCACUUUCGCCCAUGGACCGUUCCGGAGCCGGCUCUAUUAAUAGUAGGAGACGCCAGUCCACGUCGUCAGUACCCAACAACGUGAUAGCACUUCGUCUUGCCGACCCCAACUACAAUGGCUCUGGGGAGAAUGGGGGUGGCCCGAGAAGGGCUCAGAAGCACCCCGCUACUUUCCAAUGCAAAGUAUGUCCCAAGCGCUUUACCAGGGCGUACAACCUGCGCUCCCACUUGCGUACACACACCGAUGAGAGGCCCUUCAAAUGUACCGUCUGCGAUAAGGCUUUCGCGCGCCAGCACGAUCGCAAGCGUCACGAAGGUUUACACUCGGGCGAGAAGAAGUUCAUAUGUAAGGGUGAACUUCCUGUUGUUGGUCAACAGUGGGGCUGCGGCCGAAGAUUUGCGCGGGCGGAUGCUCUGGGUCGCCAUUUCCGGUCGGAGGCAGGAAGAAUAUGUAUCAGACCUCUUCUGGAAGCCGAGAACCGCGAACGGCAACGUCAGUAUGCUGAGGCAAUGCAGAAUGCAGCCCAAGGCAUGAUGCAACACCAGGGCGGUAUGAUGAUGUCGCCCGGUAUGGACCCCAAUGGCGACUUCCAGAUGGACCCCUUUGUGCUUCCACAGGCGCUGUUGGCACAGUAUCCUGCCCUGGCCCUCCUGCCCGCUGGGCCUGCUGCCAUGGGUGAUGGAGCAGGCUUAGAAGAGGAUUUGGCAAGUAAUUAUGAAGCUAGCGACUACGAUGAUGUUGAGGAGGGAGGCUAUGUUAGUGGUCCAGGGACAGGGUUCGGGCCCGGAAGCAUGCAAGAAGGGUAUGGGGAGUUGGGUUAUGCGAGUGACUACGGCGGCCGUUAG